CCGGGGACGAUGUGACACUAUCGCGAUAGACAGUCUCUCUCUCCGUGAGCAGUUCCGCGGCGGGGGCCUGGCGCUGGAAUGCGAAACUACAAGUUUUUGAGCCAAAACAAACAAACAAGCGACGAACCUCCGGCGCUCCGUGUCGCUAGCACCUGAGCUGCCCGAGCCAUGAGGGAGACGCUUCACAUGCGGGGAUGAGAGAUUGGCUGUUUCCCCCACUGCUGCUCUGGGCCCGUUGACUCUCUGUGUUGGCUCAGGAUGGCGCAGGGAGGCUCUCAGCUCGACUACCACAUCCUGCAGGACCUCAAGCAGCGUUUCCCGGAGAUCCCAGAAGGGGUAGUGUCUCAGUACCUUCAGCAGAACAACAACAACCUGGAACUCUGCUGCCACCUGCUGGCUCAGAUAAGUAACAGAUACCUGUACGGAGAGUUUCAUCACAGUCCAGAGGAGGGACGACUCAGCCGGAACCACAUGCUUCACAUUAGUCUGGGCUACCCAGGCUCGGAGGCGGCUAAGGCCAAUGGAGGAUUGUCAGGAGUAGGGCGCUCUUUAGUGCACAGCACAAGUGACAGUCACAUCGAACCCCAGCGGCCGAGCUACCCUGAGCCACUGUCAGCCCCUGCAACCAUGGCCCCCUCCCCUGGUUACAAUCCUUUCCUCAUAAACGAUCAGAGCCGCUCAGCGAGCACUCCUACCCCUCCACCCUCAAUGCAGGGCAUGUCUCCCACAUACUCCCCUGUCCCACGCUACACCAUGAACCCCAUAACAGUCACACUUUCACAAAGUAUCCCCAACGUCCCACAGGCUCUGCAGAUCCCUCCUGACCACUAUGCUAACAGCACCAACACAACCCAGUUUAUGCGACCUUCACCCUCCCAGAGUCCUCAACCAGCGCCCUGGUCCUCUUCAGGGGCACCUGUCUAUCAGCAUCAGCAGUCCCCCUACAGUACUCCCACAUAUGGCUCCCCUUACAGCUCUCCUCAGCAUCAGGUCCAGCCGCAACCCCAGCACCAGCAGUAUGUCUUCCUCCCUAUUAGCUCCCCGACCGUUCCCAGCAUGCCCUACCAUCACCAGCAACAACCCCAGCAACAGCCAGCUGUUUACAGGCCCUACCACACAAAAGGACCCCUAAAGAACCAGAUAGAGAUCACCCUGGAGGGUCCACGACCUCGCAGCAACUCACCGGUGCACACCCCUCACCCCCAAGGAGCGCUUUACAUGGCCACCAGCCCCUCCCCGAGCUCCCCUUCAAGGGGCAUCACUAUGACUGGACCUCCAGGCCCGGCAGCCUUUCACCCUGGGAUGUACCUGCAGCACCAGGGCCCCGCCAGGCCUCGGCCUGCCUCCUCUCCUCAACCAGGCCAAUCAGCCUACACUUUCAAAAUCAAAGUGUCCCCCGGCGGCCAGGCCCAGAGGCCACCCAGCUCACCUCCUGUGGCUGAAGCAGAGUCGCUACUUAACAUAGUUGACCAAGGGGCACACAAUGCUGCUCCUGCACCCAUCCUGCCCAUCUCCGCUCUACCAGGUAACAUAACCAAUCAGUUUCAGCCAAUGCCCCGACGUACCAGCUCAGGCUCUGAUGACUAUGCCUACACACAAGCUCUCCUGCUCCACCAGCGGGCUAGGAUGGAGCGUCUUAUGAAGGAGCUGAUGAUGGAAAGGCAGAAACUAGAGCAGCUCAAGGCUGAUGUCAACAACAUGGAGUAUGACGCGCUUCAAAGACGCUUUCGACGAGUAAAUUCCACCAGUCUUAUACCCAGACCUGAAGAAAUGACCCGAUUGCGGAGUUUGAACAGACUGCUUCAGAUUGAUAUCGACUGUAGCCUGAAGGAGACAGAUCUACUGCAGUCCAGAGGGAAGUUUGACCCGAAAGCAAUGAACAACUUUUAUGACAACAUCCAGUCUGGUCCAGUUGUGCCGCCUAAACCUGGAAAGAAAGAAGGGGAGCAGGGCUCCAAGCCAGCGCCAAGGCCUCAACGGGACGAGGACUUUGAAGGCGCCCAGUGGAACUGUGAAAGCUGCACCUUCCUCAACCACCCUGCACUCAACCGCUGUGAACAGUGCGAGAUGCCCCGCUACACCUGAGCUUAGGUCUGUGCUGUAUUUCCCAAUCCCCUGCCAAUCCUUGGAUACUAUAAGCCCCUCCAGAAUCUGCAGAAUCUUUCUAGAGGUCUUCCCCGGUCAAUCAAUAUAUACGUCCCUCUUACCUGCUGAGGAGGAGCCUUCUAGACUUCUUGUCCGGCUCCCAUCCACUUCUCCUGUGCACUUUGACCCUUGUUUCUGUUGGCGGAUGAUGGAUCUUAUUUCCGGACGGUUAGAGACUCUAAUCAUGGCAAAUGUAUAAAGAGGGAGUGACAUGCUGCGACUCUGGCAGUGGUUGGGACGGGGGUGCUCCGGAAAGGUCAAAACAAUUGGGGUUUUGAAAGAGGAGCUACGGCUUACCUAGCGAACAUUCCAUGCAGAAUGAGUGACUGCCCUGUUUACACAACUGUGCCCAUUCCUGAACUCAACAUGGAGGAAUCUCUCUUAAAUCCAGAACCUGUAACUCCCUCUGUGACGGUGGAUUAAUGAAAGCAAUGGUAUAUAAGUUCUGACUAAUGCGAAAUGUAGACUGUACACUGUAUCUAGCUCUGUAUUAGAGCUCAUUUCACUGAAAGAACACUAAAGACACGUGCAUAAAAGUAUAUUCCUGGUACUUUAAUGCAUAUUAUGCCACCCUGUAUUAUGUGUUCAAAAGAUGUUGAUUUCCUGUGCAAAUGCCUCAACUUGCUGUACUUAAUAAAGGAGCUGAUUCUAUGUGA